AUGCUCAACGCCGUCGUGCUGUUAGUCGGUCUGUUCGCUGCCGGCGGUAGAUCUGCGUCGCACGAGUGCAAAUGUGUUCUGUUCAAUGCGACCAGUGGGAAAUUCCAUUCGCCUGAAUAUCCUGCGCCACUUGAUCGCAUUGGGUGCCUAUUUUAUCACUUCCAAGCGCCAAAGGACCACAUUAUUCGAUUAACAUUUGAUGUUUUUCAUCUUCCGCCGAGGAUUGGAAUUUGUUCCUCCUCAAUCCUACUCUACGAUCAUACAGAUGACGGCCUAAUCGACAUUGACGAGCGAGCAGAUUUCGAAUUUUGCGGAAAAGAGAUUAAUAAUGAACGAGAGUUUUAUUCGAAAAAUGAGCACAUGCUUCUACAAAUUCAACAUGCCAGAGAAAGAUCUAGAGGAUUCUCUGGGCAGUUUGAAGCUAUACCUAAAGCGAAUUUUACCAGUGAUGCAGUAGAAAUGGCGGAAUGUAGUUACCGCGUGGAAAAGAGCAAGGCAAUCCUCUAUAGUCCUCAAUAUCCCUAUUAUUAUCCUUCCAAGAUCAAUUGCACAUAUCACAUUCCUCAACGAAAAGGGUUUCAGAUUGUUGUGAAUUCAAUAUUAUUAGAGCUCGGACGUGACUCGACGCUUCAAAUAUUCGAAACAAUGGAAGGGCGUUCCGAACGCCGCUUAAUCGAAUUGGUGACGAGCACGCAGAAAUCGGUGUAUCUCAGUUCGACUUCGUCACUUCUCUUUUUCUUCGCCGCGGGAAAUAACGAUCUCGAUCGAGCAGUCGGCUUCGUAAUCGAAUUGCAGUACUCGAAUGCAGUUUGGAGCGAAUCGACCGGGUCCUCUACUGAUUGCCAGGUGAAUAUAAAUUCGGAAAACUUCAAAGAAGGCGAAUUAUCGUCCGAGAAGCUCGGCAGAUUCUCGGCGUCAGCAGUUCCCACGAAAUGUCGAGUGGUGUUUCAAGGAUUUCCCAAGGAGAAAAUUUCUAUACACUUUACGCAUUUCAAUUUAUACGUUCCCGACAACAAAAAUGCAACGAAAAGAUGCACUGACGUCGACAACCUCUCAGCAGAUGUUCGUGUCGGUUCACGGUUAUCUAGAAUUGAUGAAUGGUGCGGAAAAAGAACGCCUCCGAAUCUAAUGAGCAGUUCGAACCUGCUUCAACUUGAGUAUAACACAAAAUCCUCAAAGGUUAUUCGCGAGAGCACCAACGAGGACAUCGGAUUCCGAUUAGAAUACAAAUUUCAUUCCGAUUGGAAUAUGGGCAAUAUGCGUGCCAAAGUUGAUAAAACCAAGGAGUGCCGAUUUUCGUUCAAUUCGAGUGAGCACACAAGCGGAAAACUGUGGUCUGCUAACUACCCGGGCCUCUACCCCCGAAACAUUUAUUGCGAGUACAUUUUCCAUGGAAAACAUGACGAAGUCGUCCACAUUCACUUUGAAUAUUUCGACAUUGAAGGAUUCAAUCAAUGCGAUGAAACCACUCAAAGCGAUUAUAUAAUAUUCUCUAACUAUCAAACGCACGAUAGAACAAAUCGUCGUUUCUGUGGAAAAACGUCGCCGAAAGGUCCCAUUCUCUCGGAAUCCAAUUAUUUCCGCAUGAUCUUCUCAACGAACGAUAUCUUCGACGCCACAGGCUUCUACGCGCACUAUCAGUUUAUCACUCAAGAAAAAUCUCAGAUUAGUCGGGUCAAGCUCACAAUUUCCUCUAGUCAAUCGCCAGUUUUGUCUUUUCUAUCUUUUAUUUUUCUUAUUUUGGUUUUUCAAUAA